GAAAGAGGGCAUCCGGGCUGUGCAAAUUUCAGACACGCGAAUGUCCCACGGCGCCUGCGGCAGGAGCCGGGCCCGGGUGCUGGACGGUCCCCGGCCACGCCCGCCGCCCCUCCGGAGGCCUGGCCCCUUCCCCACCCGACGGAAUCCCGGGGAGGCUGGAAGCACACACCAGGCAGUGACCAUGACUCAUGAUUCCCAGUACAAAGAAAAGACCACUUCCCAGCUGGGGCAGAGGCCAAGUCAGAGCCCCGACCCCAUCGCCUCUCUGCCCUGCUUGAGUCUGGAAUGGACCUGCCUGCCUGGAAGCUGCAUUGCCCUUGGUCCUGGGCCUGCCCGCCCCCUGGGGAACACAGGCAGUGGUCACAGUGGCAGUGAGGCUGUGGCAGCAUCAGCAGCAGAGGAUGCCCCAGGCCCUGGAGCGUGCAGAUGGCAGCUGGGCCUGGGUGGUGCUGCUGGCCACCGUGGUGAGCCAGGGCCUCACCCUGGGCUUCCCCACGUGUAUUGGUAUCUUCUUCACUGAACUGCAAUGGGAGUUCCAGGCCAGCAACAGCGAGACCUCUUGGUUCCCCUCCAUCCUCACGGCUGUAGUCCACAUGGCAGGCCUGGGCAUGUGCUUCAGCUUCCAGUCGAGCAUCACGGUGCUGGGCUUCUACUUUGUCCGCCGACGGGUGCUGGCCAACGCACUGGCAUCUAUGGGCGUCUCCCUGGGCAUCACGCUCUGGCCGCUGCUCUCCCGCUACCUCCUGGAGGAUCUGGGCUGGAGGGGUACCUUCCUUGUCUUUGGUGGAGUCUUUCUCCACUGCUGCAUCUGCGGGGCCGUCAUGAGGCCUGUGGCCACCAGCGUGGCCCCUGAGACCAAAGAAUGUCCCCCGCCACCUCCCAAGACACCUGUGCUCGGCUGCCUGGCUGCCUGUGGCCAGACCAUCCAGCGCCACCUGGCCUUUGACAUCCUGCGGCACAACACAGGCUACCGUGUGUACACGCUGGGCGUGAUGUGGUCAAUCCUGGGCUUCCCACUGCCACAUGUCUUCCUGGUGCCAUAUGCCAUGCGGCACAGAGUGGACGAGCAGCAGGCAGCCCUUCUCAUUUCCAUCAUUGGCUUCAGCAACAUCUUCCUGCGGCCCCUAGCCGGGCUGGUGGCAGGACGGCGGGCCUUUGCCAGCCACCGCAAGUACCUGUUCAGCCUGGCAGUCCUGCUCAACGGGCUCACUAAUCUGGUGUGUGCGGCAUCAGCCGACUUCUGGGUGCUUGUGGGCUACUGCCUGGUGUACAGCGUGUCCAUGAGUGGCAUCGGCGCCCUCGUCUUCCAGGUCCUCAUGGACAUCGUCCCCAUGGAUCGCUUCCCUAGCGCCCUGGGACUCUUCACCGUCCUGGAUGGACUUGCUUUCCUCAUCUCCCCGCCACUGGCCGGGCUCCUCCUGGACAGCACCAACAACUUCAGCUAUGUUUUCUACAUGUCCAGCUUCUUCCUCAUCUCAGCUGCCCUCUUCAUGGGCAGUAGCUUCUAUUCCCUGCAGAAGAAGGAGCAGCAAGGCAAGCAGGCUGUCGCGACAGAUGCCUUAGAGCAGGAUCUUUUCUUGGAAGGCAAAGACGGUUCUGGGAAGCAAUGGUGCCCUGAGAUCAUGUAUGUGACCAGCGUCUAAGACCCAGGGGUCACCUAUGUGACCAAUGUCUGAGUCCUGAGGUUACUGAGUGAAGAGUCUCAGCCCAGGAGGGGGACCUCCAGCUCCUUGACCAGGUGCUCUGGUGAAGAGCAGCCCAGGAAACUCGGGCUGUCAAGGCUGUGCAAGCUGGGACUCUACCAGGAGCUGAGACCUUGGUUUGGAUCCCAGAAUCGGUGAAGUCUGAGGGCCCGCCCUGCAGUCUCAGCAGGACCUACUCUAUCUAGGGACUUCCUCCUUCCUUUCCCCACCCUGUCUCCUUGGUGGGGAGGAUUAUUGCUGGGUGGGGGAAGCCAGACAUUUGACCAGGGGAGAGGAGGGCUUGCCAGGCAGCCCGAAGACCGCUGUGAAAAUGGAACUGCUUCUGCAAGAGAAGUUCUUCUACUCCCCAAUCCUGUCCUCCGGAGGCCCCCCUUUCCCCCUGCUGUGUUAGAGGUGUCAACCCUGGGGUAAGUGGCUGGCUGAUCCAGCUGCCAGUUCACCCCUGCUCCCUGUACACCUGUGCCUUUGACAUGGAGGUCUGAGCUCCCCCAACACACAUUUUGCUGGUGCCUUUCCCCAAAAUCACCACCCAGGGGUUAGCUUUCAUCAGCCCACUCUUGUCCCAGCAGGGUACCGAGGGAAUGAGAAAACAGAAUGUGUUUGAAUUAUACACAAAAAUGUUCCCUGCAGCAGGUCAUAAACUCUGUGAACUAAUAAAGCUGGAAAACAGGGCUGGAGUUUUCCCCAACCCCCUUCCUUUCCUCCCCCCUCAGUAAGGGGUGCUCAGGUUCAGGAUGUUGUUUGUUGAUUCAGGCUUAACCAGGCUCUGGCAAGAAAACCUUAUCAGGAGAUUUUAUUUUCAUGAGCUGGUUCCAGUCUUCUCGUCCCCCAUGUCCAGCUGGUGUGAAUAAGUAUCCUUGGGGAUGUCCUGCUUCCUCCAGGAGCAGCCAUGAGUGUCUCUUGUGGCCAAAGGCGGUACUGCAGGCAAAGCAAAGGGCUUGGGCGGGAAUAGCCCUGAGUGUGUUUGACUCCACCACUAUCUGCCAUGUGAUUUUGGGCAAAUUGUUGACCACCUCUGAGCCUUGGAAAAGUAGGAGGUUACUUUGUUAUGGCAAAAUAAUAAAAUUUAAUUU